AUGAAGCCCAUCCGGCCCGGCGUUGGCGGCGUCGUGCCCUAUCCCAAUCCCGUCGCCGGUUUCCUCCUCCGCAAUCCCAGGCCUCGCACGCCCCAUUGCCCCCGCUGCUUCGCCUCCUCCCAGUCGCUCGCGCCGCCACCCCGUCGUCGUCGCUCGUGCUGGAGACGGCGGCGACGUGCUGGAUACGCUCGUGCUGGAGACGGCGGCGACGUGCGUCGUGAGGCUGCUCCCCAAUCCCCUCAUUUCCACGCCCUAUCCCCAACCGAGGAGAACAGGGCAGCGGCGGCGGCGCCGACCACGCGCCCGGGGACGAAGCCGAGCGCGUGCUCGAAGACGGCGAAGGGCGCGCUGGCGACGGCGGCAAGCGCGAGCACGCGCUCGGGAGACGGCGGCCGCGAGCGCGCGCCCGGAGACGGCAGCGGCGAAGGCGCGGCGCUCGGCGACGGCGGCGGCGAGCGCGCGGCUGGAAACGACGGAGGCAAGCGUGUGCCUGCGCGACGGCAGCGACUGCGGCGACGACGGCGAGUGACAUGGAGGGAGGCUCCGCCAGCGUGCCUCCAUCGCCGAUCUGCUGAUCCCUCCUCCUCGUGGCCUACUCCCAGAGAGUUGCUGGAUGGAGGUGGACCAGCGGCGAGGUGCAGCGCUGGGCCGGAGGUGGACGAGCAGCAAGUGGCGGUUGAUCUAGAUCUCCUACACCCAGGAGGAUGAGAAGAAGGCAGCUGUGAGCCGUCGUUUUUUUUUAUCUUCAGCACUUGAUUGAGUCAUCUCCCUUUUCCCCCCACCAAAAUUAAUAUUUCUGCAAGAUGAUGUAAA